GCCGCUGCAGGGAUGGGUUACCUCAAGCUUCUGGAGAUGCAGGAUUUCAAGUCGUGGCGGGGGCUGCAGGUUAUCGGCCCCUUCAUGAGGUUCAACUGCAUCAUCGGGCCCAAUGGAUCAGGCAAAUCUAACAUAAUGGAUGCUGUUAGUUUUGUGUUGUGUGAAAAGAUAACUAACUUGCGAGUUAAAAAUGUUCGAGAACUUAUUCAUGGAGCACAUGUUGGAAAACCAGUUUCUUCUACAGCAAGUGUAAAAAUAGUGUAUUGUGAAGAAAAUGGGGAAGAAAAAUCAUUUUCAAGAGUUAUUCGUGGUAGUUGUACAGAAUUUUUUUUUAAUGAUAAAUCUGUCAGCCGUUCUGCUUACAUAGCUGAGCUUGAAAAAAUAGGCAUACUUGUCAAAGCCAGGAAUUGUCUUAUUUUUCAGGGAACAGUAGAGUCAAUUGCAAUGAAGAAACCGAAGGAAAGAACUCAGCUUCUUGAACGAAUCAGUAAUUCAUGGGAACAUGCUGAAGAUUAUGAGAGAAAAAAGAAAAAAAUGCAACAAGCAGAAGAAGAUGCACAAUUCAAUUAUAACAAGAAAAAAAAUAUUGCGGCAGAACGCAAACAAGCAAAAAUGGAGAAAGAAGAGGCAGAGCAUUACCAGAUGCUUCUCAAGGAACUGAAUGAAAAGAGGAUACAGCUGCAGCUUUUCCAGCUUUAUCACAAUGAAAAAAGAAUUGAUUUUUUGAAAAAAAGUUUGGAUGAAAAGAAUAGGGAGGCAAGACUCAAGAAAGACUCCCUAUCUAGAGCUGAAGAUGCAUUCAGAGCCAAGAAAAAAGUGCUUGGAGUACUAAACAGAGACCAGCAACACAUAGAAAAAGACAUGAAGACUCUGGAAGCAUCUCUGAUUCGGCAGAAGCCGCUCUACAUAAAAGCAAAGGAAAACACUUCCUACCAAAUUAAGAAAAUAGAAAUGUCUAAAAAAUCUUUAAGGGACAAAGAGAAGUACUGUGAUAAGGAAAAACAAAACAUAAAAGAGCUGGAGAUAGAAUUGUCCGAUAUUGAGAAAGCAUGGAGAGCAUUUGAGAAGAAAACUGAAGAGGAGAUGUUGCUGAGAGCAGCAGAUGUUGAGCUGGAAGAAAGUCAGUUGGAGCGCUACAAAGAGCUAAAGGAAUUGGCACGAAAGAAAGUCGCUACAUUGACCCAGCAGUUAGAUAAACUUCGUUGGGAGCAGAAAGCAGAUCAAGAAAGGAUGACACUUCAUCAGAGGAAGAAAAAAGAAAUUGAGGGAAGUAUAAAACAGACUAUGGAGCAGAUAGAAGAGUAUAAGAGACGAGCAGAGAAGUUGGAAGAGUAUACCAAAAUGUGCACUGAGUUAUUAGCAGAGAAAAAAGAGCAAGAGGAAAUGCUAUCAAAGGAAAUUGAAAAUUCAACAAUACGAAUGGCUGAAGUGAAUGAAGAAUUGAACAAAACAGUUAGUGAACUCCAGAAUGCCAAAAUUGAUUACCAUGAAGGAAGGCGUCAGCAAAUGAAAGCAGAGAUCCUGGAAAGCCUCAAAAGACUGUAUCCGGAUUCUGUGUUUGGAAGACUGCUCGAUUUGUGCCAUCCUAUUCAUAAAAAAUACCAGCUUGCUGUUACAAAAGUGUUCAGCAAAUACAUGACUGCUAUUGUUGUUGCCACUGAAAAAACAGCAAGGGAUUGCAUUCGGUUCCUAAAGCAAGAAAGAGCUGAACCUGAAACUUUCCUUGCUUUGGAUUACCUUGAUGUUAAACCAAUCAACGAGAAGUUGAGAGAGAUAAAAGGAGCAAAAAUGAUGGUAGAUGUUGUACAGACUCCAUUUCCUCUCCUGAAGAAAGUGAUUCAGUUUGUGAGUGGGAAUGGUCUGGUGUGUGAAACAGUUAAAGAAGCCAAACAAAUAGCGUUUGAUGGACCCGUUAGGUUGAAAACAGUGGCCCUUGAUGGAACUUUAUUUUUGAAAUCUGGAGUGAUUUCUGGAGGCUCAAGUGAUUUAAGAGUUAAAGCUAGGUGUUGGGAUGAUAAGGAAAUUAAUAAAAUGAAAGAAACAAGAGAUAGAUUGAUUAAUGAGUUAAAGGACUUAAUGAAGAUCAAACGUAAGGAGAGUGAUUUGAAGCAACUACAGGCUCAAUGCCAGGGAAUUCAGACACGACUUAAAUAUUCACAGAGUGAAUUAGACCUUAUUCGAAAGAAACACCUUGCAGAUUGCUACAAGGAAAAAUCUAAACUGGAAAGUGAACUGAUGAAUACUGAAUCUCAGCAUGAAAUGCUGAAAGAAGGAGUAUUACAAAGAAAAGAAAAAAUAGAAGAAUUUCAGAAAAAAAUUAAUGAGGCUGAAGAUGCCGUUUUCCAGGAAUUCUGUGAAGAGAUUGGUAUAGAAAAUAUUCGUGUGUAUGAGCAAGAACAUGUGAGGCAACAAGAGGAGAUUGAUAGGAAAAGACUGGAGUUUGAAAGCCAGAAGACACGACUAAGUAUUCAGCUUGAAUAUAGUCAUGAGCACCUACAAAAAUUAACAGAUGCAGUCAGCACGUUGAGAGGGACCAUCCAAAAAGAUGAAGCUGAGAUUGCCCCGCUGCGGAAGGAUGAGGAAAAGCUUCUAAAAAAGGUGAAUGAAAUUGUAGAGGAGCAGCAGCACCUUAAGGAUAGAUUACAUGCCCAUAAAUCUGAGGUUUUAAAAAUCCAGAAUGAAGUUGAAGAGUUGAGAAGGACAUUAUUAACUCUUAACAGGGAAGCUAGCAAAUUACAAAAGGAAGCUACAGCAAUAGAAACAUCUUUGGAAGAGAACAGAUUAAGACGACAUAACCUGCUCCUUGAGUGCAAGGUGCAGGACUUGAAAAUAGAUCUUCUCUCUGGAUCACUGGAUGAUAUCAGUGAAGUAGAGCUAAGAACGGAAGUAGACGACACUCAGACUACAUCAACUAUUUAUGAAAGAGAAGAAGCAAUUCAGAUAGACUACAGCAGCCUACCAGAAGACCUGCAGGAGCUAGAGAACGAAAAGGAAAUUGAGAUUCACCUAAACCAGCUUCAGCAGUAAAUAAAAGCUGAAGAAAAUACUUUAAUGAAGACAGCUGCCCCAAAUCUAAGAGCGACAGAGAAAUUGCAGAUUGUUCGGGACAAGUUUCAAGAAUCAAUAGAUGCUUUUGAGACCAGCAGAAAGGAAGCCAGAAUAUGCAAGCAAGAAUUUGAACAGGUGAAAAAAAGGAGAUACGAGCUUUUUAGCCAGUGUUUUGAGCACGCCUCCAUAGCUAUUGACCAGAUCUAUAAGAAACUAUGCCGAAACAGUAGUGCCCAGGCAUUUCUUAGUCCUGAAAAUCCGGAAGAGCCCUAUCUGGAAGGCAUUGGCUUUAACUGCGUGGCUCCUGGGAAACGGUUUAUGCCCAUGGAUAGUUUGUCAGGAGGUGAAAAGUCUGUAGCAGCUCUGGCUCUUGUGUUUGCGAUACACAGUUUUCGUCCAGCACCUUUUUUUAUUUUAGACGAAAUAGAUGCUGCCUUAGAUAACACAAACAUUGAUAAAGUAUCGAGUUUCAUCAGAGACCAGGCACAUGAACAGGUUCAAAUGGUAGUCAUUUCUCUAAAAGAAGAGUUUUAUUCCAAAGCAGACGCAUUGAUUGGAGUGUGUCCAGAGCAUGAUGACUUUAUGUUCAGUAAAGUACUGACUCUGGAUCUUACUGCGUAUCCAGACGGGGAUGAGCAGGAGAGAGAGCACAGACCCAGUUCUGGACUGGAAUGA